AUGAUAACUAAUUCACUAUGGCUAACCUGUAAGGCCUAUAUACUAUUCUAUUCGCAAAUCAACUGUUGGUUGAUUAUUCGCACCUUUUUGGUUGUAAUGGCGGAAUCCAUUGGAUCAUCGGUACGACAAUGUGCACAACGGGUCAGCCAAAAGUCAAUAUUUAUGAGCGAGAUAUUUUUAAUCUGGUCCACUUGCGGGCCCUCAUGGGUCCAACCCGUCACAUUGUCCUUCUCUUCUAAUUAA